AUGAAUGCAACCACCUCAUCCGCACAAAACAUCUCCUCCUCUUACUCGAAUUCGACUGACCUUCUGAAAUACGGUUUGUCCAUAGAAAUAAAACGAAAGUUCCCAGCAUUGGGUUUUGGAUUAAUCUGUGGCAUUCCGACAACCUACUUUUUGUGUGCUUUCCUAUGCUUUUGUUGGAAGACCUAUCGUACAAAACCUAGUUCCUAUGGAACAAGUCAGGGAGAUGAAGAGAAUGGGGGAGGGGAGAGUAGAAAUGGAGGAAGAGGAGAAAGAGCAGGGAGGGGAAGCACUCGAGGACUUGGUGAGAAAGAUGAAGUGAUAGGGACGUUUGAUGCACAUGUGAGAGAUGGUUAUCGUAAGCAGGAGAUGGUGACGAUAGAUGCGAUUCUGGUAGAUAAGGGACCCUCUAAGAUGGAGAUGAGUGAACUUAGGCCUUUUGAGGGGUGA